ACUCUCACAUGGCUUUGUUUUGAUUACAUUUGCCGAAAAAUCUUAAUUUUCACGAAUUUUCUGUGACAUUUCUUCAAUAUCAAUUCAAUAAAAUACAAAAUCUCGUACAAAUGGCUUCAACAUCAGGCGAUACCGCUGAAGGACAAUUACAAAUCCUGUUAAUUACGAAACAACAACAGUAUGCUGUUCCCGAUAUCCCCUAUUCCAUCGCUGCGAAUGUAGCAAAUGCCGAAUUGAAUGUCCUCAUCAACAGUAUCCUCGCCGACACAAAUUCCGAUCACGCCACAGUCGAGUUUGAUUUUCUCGUGUCGGGCGAAUUUUUGCGAACAACCUUGAAGCAACACUUGCGCGAACGCGAAAUUUCCUUCGAAGAUCACAUUUCGAUCGAAUAUGUCGAGAAAUAUCCGGCGCCGGAGCCUCAAGAGUGCUUGUUGCACGACGAUUGGGUGUCUGCGGUUCAGGCAUGCGGCGAUUGGAUUCUCACCGGUUGCUACGACAAUUCGCUGAAUUUGUGGUCGAUCGAGGGCAAACAUCGUUUGACAAUUCCGGGACACGAUGCGCCCAUCAAAGACGUCACGUGGAUCAAGUUGGAUGAGGUAACGGGAGUUUUCGCAUCGGCAAGUCAGGAUCAAACGUCGAUGAUUUGGGAAUGGAACAUCAAACGCAACUCCGUGGAAUGCGUGCAAAUUUGCAAAGGACACGAACGUGGCGUCGAUUGCAUCGAUGUGAGUCCAAAUAAGGAAAAACUCGCGACAGGCAGUUGGGAUACGAUGCUCAAAAUUUGGUCGAGUGACUUAAAUGACGAAUCAAGUACGGGCGAAUCCGCCGCAAAAAAGGCAAAAUCCACGGGAAGCACAAAAACGCCUCAAAUGACACUCGAAGGACAUCGCGAGGCAGUUUCGAGCGUUCAAUGGAUCGAUAAUCACACGUUGCUGACAGCUUCGUGGGAUCACACGAUGAAAUUUUGGGAUUUAGAGCUCGGAGGCAUCAAACAAGAACUAACGGGCAACAAAUCUUUCUUCUGUGCGGAUUAUUCGCCGUUGAAUCAUUUAAUCAUAACUUGCUCUCCCGAUAAAAAUUUGAAGCUAUAUGACCCGAAAUCGAAUCAAGGAGCAAUCGUUAAAAGCUCAUAUGCAGGCCAUUCCCAAUGGAUCCAAUCCGCGAAAUGGUCGAAAACUGAGGAGCAUCUCUUCAUUUCUGGAGCUUAUGACAAUCAAGUUAAGUUAUGGGAUUACAGAAGUACAAAAGCACCUUUGUUCGACUUAAUUGGGCAUGAAGAUAAAGUUUUGUGUUGCGAUUGGUCAAAUUCGAGAUAUAUGAUGUCAGGCGGUUCGGAUAAUUCUCUUCGUAUUUUCAAGUCAAAUAAAUCAGGAGAGGAGCAGAAAAUGGACGAAAAUUGAUUUUUUU